AUGAAGGAAGAAGAAAUAUUUGCAAAGAUGAAGAAAAUAGGAACCCGAGAUUGCUCUUUCACCAGAAAGAUAAUGUCUGCCAUAAAUGUAAACCUUUUUGUGCUGCUCUCUGUGGUUUGCAUCCUCUUAAAUCUGGCAGGAUUCAUCCUAGGCUGUCAAGGAGCACAGUUUGUUUCCAGUGUGCCCAGAUGUGACCUGGUGGACUUGGGUGAAGGCAAGAUCUGCUUCUGUUGCGAAGAGUUUCAACCAGCCAAAUGCACAGACAAAGAAAAUGCCUUGAAACUCUUUCCAGUUCAGCCUUGCAGUGCUGUUCACCUUCUGCUUAAGAGGAGGAGCCAGGGCUGUAGCCACAGCCACUUUCGGUGUUGCCUUUGUUGCUAUUUGAGGAAAGAAGCCCCAUUUACUCCCUGGCUGCUCCUGGUUCCUGCUAAAGUUCUGUUUGCCCUGUGUGCCUUGAAUGCCCUGACCACCACAGUGUGUUUGGUGGCUGCUGCUCUGCGCUACCUGCAGAUCUUUGCCAGCAGAAGGCCAUGUAUUGAUGAAUCCCAAAUGUCUGCAGAAGAAGUGGAAGAGCAUGGACGGAUUCCAGACCCAGAUGACUUUGUGCCGCCGGUGCCUCCCCCUUCCUACUUUGCCACAUUUUACUCCUGCACACCAAGGAUGAACCGCAGGAUGGUUGGUCCUGAUGUCAUCCCAUUGCCUCAUAUCUAUGGAGCACGAAUCAAGGGUGUAGAAGUGUUCUGUCCGCUGGACCCCCCACCUCCUUAUGAAGCUGUGGUGAGCCAGAUGGACCAGGAGCAGGAGUCUUCAUUCCAAAUGCCAGAAGGACCAGAGGCUGCUGCGAGCCCAUCAGAGCCAGUUUGCACACAAAUAACUCAAGGUGGGGUUCUUCCUAACCCAACUGGUGAAGAAAACAUAUCUGCAUCCACUGCUAUCUCCAACCUGGUGCAACCUCCGAGAAGCCAGAGGGCCCUCCCACCACUGAGGACAAGGUCAAAGAGUGACCCCUUGCUUCACCAUUCAGAGGAGAGAGCUACCCCAGUGCUCAGCUGCGAAGCUGCCACUCAGACAGAAAGGAGGCUAGAUCUGGCUGCGGUGACCCUGAGGAGAGGUGUGCGACCAAGGGCAUCGAGAUGCAGACCCCACUCUUUGAUAGAUUACAGGUCUUACAUAGACACCAAGCUGCUAGUGGCCAGGUUCCUGGAGCAGUCCUCCUGCAGCAUGACUCCGGACAUCCAUGAACUUGUAGAGAACAUAAAAUCCGUUCUGAAGUCUGACGAGGAACACAUGGAGGAAGCCAUCACAAGUGCCAGUUUCCUAGAACAGAUAAUGGCCCCACCACAGCCCAGCACUUCCCAGGCCCAUGUGCUGACCUCGAGGAGACAGCCGGGCCUGCUGCACCUGCACAGCUGUGGAGACCUGAGCACCUUUUCCCUGGCUGGAAGGCCAAAAGAGGAGAGGAGGCCCCAGCAUCGAGCAGAGGCUGAGCGGCCACACAGCCUCAUCGGUGUCAUUCGAGAGACUGUCCUGUAAACUGAGUGACCUGGAAGGCCAGUCCAAAGGAAGGAUGUUCUUAUUCAGAACUGUUCACUGUCUGGGAGUUGGGGGUCCCCCUGGGAAGCUCUCAACAGGGGUCCUUGGGAGAACACUUAUUCCUACUCUUUGGCUCCUUUUUUUCUUUUUUUUGCUGACGAGGGCACUAAGGUGAACUCGGGUGAAGUAGGUCUUUUCUGGUCUUUGUGCUCCCAGUUGGAGGUGAAGAGCUCUCCACUGUCUGCUGUAUCUUGCAGCAUUCCCAAGGGGCAUACACUGGAUGAACAGAAAACAGGCUCAAGAGUCUUUGCCUGCCUUGCCCCCUAUGGCUCUUGUUGCCAAGUUCAUUCCCUUGCUGCAAGUGGAGAACUGCUGGGCUAUUUAUAGCUGCCUGCGGUCUCUGGCUGCUCAGUGAGAGGAGUUGGCAGGAGAUGUGAUGGUUAACCCCAUGUGACUGCAGUCCUCCAGCCUGCUGUGGGACUCCAAUCCCAUCCUCUUUAGGGAAAGCAGGAGACCUGCUAAUCCGUGAUGUUUUUUUUUUUUUUUUUUUUUUUUUUUUUUUUUUUAUGAAGGGCAUUAAGGGAGAGGACUAUGGUUGAUUCCAUUUAUUCAUGCUUGCAAACUAGAACACCUAAGAGAGAACCAGAGAAUAAAGUGUUGACUUUGG